UGGCUGCAACUGACCUGGUCCUCCACUCUACUGAACAGAGAGUGAGCCUAUCUACCAGCCUGCGACUGGCAGUGGGAAUCUGGGAAUCGGCUCUGGGAGAGAUGUACCUGCACUGGGAUUGAUCCGAGAGCGAGAAACCCAGGGUGGUGAGGUCGGUUUGGAAACAGAUGCAGAUAUGCUAACUCUGUCCAUUCAUUGAGCGCCGGGAGUAACUGAUAUCGAGGGUACAACUUCUCCCCGGGAUCAUGUUGGACGGGUUGAAAAUGGAAGGAAGUCUCCAAGCCUCGGCUCAGAGUUCCGCUUCCCUCUCCUCUCUCCUGGGAUCUGGUGGGAAAGAGCGUGUGGUGUGCCAGGGCUGUGAGCGGGUGAUCGGGGACCGCUUUUUGCUGCGGGUUAAUGACAGCUUCUGGCACGAGCAGUGUGUGCAGUGUACGGGCUGCCGGGAGCCACUGGCCAUCACCUGCUACUGCAGGGACAAGAAGCUAUACUGCAAGCAUGACUAUGAAAAACUCUUCGCUGCCAAGUGCAGCGGUUGCCUGGAGACCAUCGCGCCCACCGAGUUCGUCAUGCGGGCGCAGAAGAGCGUCUACCACCUGCACUGCUUCUGCUGCUGUGUGUGCGAGAGGCAGCUCCAGAAAGGCGACGAGUUUGUGCUCAAAGAGGGGCAGCUUCUGUGCAAGAGCGACUACGAGAAGGAACGCGAGCUACUGAGUCUCGUCAGCCCGGCUGUGUCGGACUCAGGGAAGAGCGACGAGGAGGACAGCAGCAGCAAAGUAGGGCAGGGACAUUGCAAAGGAAUCGACGAUUCCAAAGACUCCAAGAGACCCAAGAGACCACGGACCAUCCUCACCACACAGCAGAGACGUGCCUUCAAGGCAUCCUUCGAAGUCUCUUCCAAACCGUGCAGAAAGGUCAGGGAGACGUUAGCUGCUGAGACGGGAUUGAGUGUCCGGGUCGUGCAAGUCUGGUUCCAGAAUCAAAGAGCAAAGAUGAAGAAGCUGGCUCGCAGGCAGCAGCAACAGCAACAGGACCAGCAAAACACACAACGACUCAACACAGCCCCUGUGAACAACUCCAGUAACGCUGGGAUGGAGACUAUGAUGAACCCUUACACAACACUGCCUCCACAGCAGCUCCUGGCCAUUGAUCAGAACGGAUACAGCACUGACCCCUUCCGACAGGGAUUGACCCCUCCGCAGAUGCCAGGAGACCACAUGCACCCUUACGGAAACGAAACCCUUUUCCACGACAUGGACAGCGAUACCUCACUCAACAGUUUGGGAGACUGUCUCCUAGCAACCACCGAGGCAAGCUCCAUGCAGGCCAGAAUAGGCAAUCCCAUCGACCGGCUGUACUCCAUGCAAAACUCCUACUUUACCUCAUGA